CAAAGGAUGACGGCGAACACCUCGAGGUCGCUUCAACGCUUCAUGCGGUGGCGCGACGCCCGCUCCCGACGCCGAUGCCGAGCUCCGCGUCUUCCCACGGCGCGCCGCCGUCAUCAGCCUUCUCACGCCCCCGCUGCCAUCUGCUCGCGGAGCCCGCUGGGCGUCCAGACUCGCCUCUGCACGCGGCCCGCUCGGCAGCUGCGCAACGGCUGCCCAUGUGGGUGCUGCUGCUACGGACUGCUGCGCAGCGGCUGAGGCGGAUCCGUCGCGGAGGCGGGAAUGCCACUCGCACCGAGUACCGCUCACGGCUCGACGCCAUCUGCAGUCUGCGCAGACGCCUGCUGCUCUGCCAUCCUGCCUACCAUUCGCAGCUACACCUGUGGCUGCAUCCUCUCGCGGUGGCGGCUGGUGGCUGGCUGCUGGCCGUGAAUGUAGCGCAGACGCAGCACGCCACCCUCCGAGUCGAGAGAGAGCCGCUCGGAUGCUGGCGCGAGCCGCUCCAUCUCGAGGCCGGCCCUGGUCGCGUGAUGUGUGUCGUCCCGGCGUUCUGCGCGCGCCUGCAGGAGUAAGCGUCCUGCAUUCUGAGACUUUGCUUCUCCUCCUGCAGAAGCUCGCCGCCGUGCAGCAGCUUGUCUAUCGACGUAGGUGCGGGAGCGGGCAGACGGGC